CUAUCCACUUCCCCAUAUAUCUCCGACACCUGUCUUGUCUUGCUUGCUUCAUCUUCCGUUGAAAACCGUAGAUCUUGGUGCCGUCGAGUAAACCAGCCAUGGCACACCCUGCAGACGCCUCGAGCGCCGACAAAUGGAGCUCGCUGCUCUCGAGAUUGAACCCGGUGCCGGGCUUCGCCGAGUACACCGGGCCCUAUAAGGUUGGUACCGUUGACGUCGAGAUCCCUGUCUCCGAGCUCGACUCGCCCGCUCCAGCUCCGCACAACGCCUCCCAAAUCGAGACCGUACAAUUCCGAAUCUACUACCCGGCUCCCCCUGACGCCCAGGGCAAGCGCAUAACCUGGCUGCCCGCUCCUCAGCGAGAGCACCUCUCGGCAUACAUACAGUUCCUGGGUGUUGGGUCCAUGGUGGCGCAAGCUGUCUCCUUUCUUCCGAGACACCUCCACUACACGUCAAUUCCUGUCGUUAAAAAUGCGCCAGUACUCGAGCCUAACACGCCGAACGGACGCUGGCCGACCGCCAUCUUCUCCCACGGCCUCGGCGGCAGCCGCAAUGCCUACUCCCAGAUCGUCGGCUCCCUAGCCUCUCACGGCGUCGUCGUAAUCUGCCCCGAACAUCGUGACGGCACUGCCGUCGCCUCUUUCAUCCGCAUUCCUUCCGAGCAGCACCGGUACUUCGUCCGUAAUACGCGCCGUGUCGUCCCAUACCGCCGUAUCCCCCACGAGGUCUCCGACGAGGUCCACGCCCUGCGCAACGACCAGCUGCGUAUCCGCCUCUGGGAGCUCGGCCUCGUCCACGACGCCGUCCUCGCCAUCGACCGCGGUCAUUCCCGCACGAAUCUCAACAAGACCACCCCUUCCCUCGCCCAGUUCGUCGACCAGCUCCACGUCCACGAUCCCGGCAGCAUUAUCUUCAUCGGCCACAGCUUUGGCUCCGCCACCGCCGUCCAAUUCCUCAAGUCGGUCUUCUACGCCGGCCGCCCCGAGCUCGAGGCCAUGGCAGAUCCCCUCUACACACCCUCCCGCGACUCCGCCCUCUGCCGUCAGAUCACACCCCGAAACGUUACUAUCCUCCUGGACAUGUGGUGCUUCCCGCUGCUGGCCAAGACGACGAAACAGCUCUUCGACCUCCCCCUCCCCGUCUACGUCGACUCGUCUCCCGUUCCCUCCUCUCCCUCUUGCUCCCCCUCCGAGCGACCCCCGCUUCCCUCGUCCGCCCCCGCGCCGGCAGCGCCGGGCGGCAAUGCACUACUGGCGAUCGAGUCAGAGGACUUCUUCAAGUGGACAGAGCACCUUCACGCGACGGCGCGCGCGCUAUCGCCGGACCCGUCGGCACCGGGCCCCGUGUCGGCUGCCGCCUUCUAUGAGGAGCGGCCAUUCGGCGCGCGGGGUGUCAAGCUGCCCGAACCACACUUCUUCUUCGUCUCGCGCUCGGCCCACCUGUCACAGUCCGACUUCGGCGUCUUAUUCCCCUGGCUGACGCAUAAGGUCUUCGGCUCGGAAGAGCCCGAGCGCGCGCUCCGCCUCAACCGCCGCGCCAUGCUCCAGGUGCUGCGCGCCAACGGCGUGCCCGUCGCGCGCACCUGGUCCGGUGACCUGGUUGACGGGGCGGACGUCGGGAAAACCGGUGAGAAACUUGGCAAGGAGCCGGUGCCGGCCGACCAAGGCGAGGCGGACGGUAGUGACGGUGGUAAGAAUGACGGAAACACGCAGGUGGACGCAGCGCCGUCGCCCUCGCCGAUGGCGGUGAAGGACAGAGGCCCCGACGACGGGAUCCACGACGACAGGGCGAUCCUAGACCGCGGCGGGCACGGCGCCGUCGACGCGUGGCAGUGGAUCGACAUCGUGGGCAUGGGCGAGUUCACGAUGGCAGAUGCCGAGGGAGCGAAGGACGCGGACGCGGCUGCCAUAGCCGAUUUCAUCGAGCCCAACGUCGCGGAGGAGGCAGCCUCCUGCAAGAUCGCGAAAGCGACAGCCAUUGCCCCUGCUGCUGCUGCUGCUGCUACAUGAGGGUGGAUGACACCUUGAUUUGGCGUUGAGGCUGAAAUACCGCCUCUUUUUAUCAGUAGCUCGUAUCCUUCGGGGUCUCCGAUUGUCCUCUCCGUGUAUUUUCUCCCUUCUCUGUUCUCUCUUGUCGGUUUCUCCUCUGUUUAUGCUCUC